CAACCAACAAAACCCACCAACUCUUAUCUUAUAAAUAAACUAACCCCUCCUUUUCCAUCUCUCUCAAUCUCAUCGUCUCCACCACCUGCUCCACCUGAAAGCUCUUCUUUGCAUCAUCACAAGAAACAAUUUUUCUUUUCCAUUCUCAAAACCCAUUUGCUACCAAAUACACAUUCUCAACUUCUCAACUCAUUUACCAAACGCCACCACCGUUAAGGUAGAUUAAUUACAGGACCAGAAAUGUCCAUGGGCAACAUGUUGAGGAUGGUGUUGGCUUUGUGUGUUUUGAGCAGCGUGGUUGUGACAUCCUCGGCUCAGACGUGUAGAAACCAGACAUUCUCUAACAGGUUGUUCGCGACAUGUCGUGAUCUUCCGCAGUUGACAGCUUACCUGCACUGGACCUACGACCAGGGGAGUGGGAAGUUGGAGAUAGCAUUCGUGCACGCGGGAAUCACCUCAACAAACAGGUGGGUGGCGUGGGCCAUCAAUCCCAGGAACACGCUGGACCCGGCCAUGAUUGGAGCCCAGGCCCUGGUGGCCAUUCCUGAUUCGAAUGGAGCAGGCCCAAGUGUGUAUACCUCAUCCAUAACCAGCACCAGCACGCAGUUGGAACAAGGGACAAUCAGUUAUCCGGUGUCGGCGUUGAGUGCCACCUACGUCAACAACGAGGUAACCAUUUUCGCCACUCUCACACUUCCCAACGACACCACCUCCUUGGUCCAUGUCUGGCAAGAUGGACCUCUCUCUGGUAGUACCCCUCAAGAGCAUAGCCACGAGACUUCCCACCAAAACUCCAAGGAAACGUUGAACCUUCUUUCCGGUUCCUCCACUCAGGCGUCUGGGAAUUCUCGCCAGAGAAGAAGAAACACCCAUGGAGUGCUAAAUGCGGUGAGCUGGGGCAUACUGAUGCCAACGGGUGCCAUAAUCGCAAGGUAUUUGAAGGUGUUCAAAUCUGCUGACCCUGCUUGGUUUUAUCUUCACAUCACUUGCCAAGCCUCUGCCUACAUAGUAGGUAUUUCCGGAUUCGGAACAGGCCUCAAACUCGGUAGUGACUCCGAGGGUGUUGAAUACGACACUCACAGAGCGAUUGCUAUUGUCCUUGUUUGCCUAGGAACCCUUCAGGUGUUUGCGUUGUUCUUGAGGCCCAACAAGGACCAUAAAUACAGAGUGUACUGGAAUGCCUACCACUACUUGGUGGGAUACGCCACCAUAUCCCUCAGCAUCGCCAACGUUUUCAAAGGGUUCGAAACCUUGGAAAAUUACGUAGGGGAUCGCUACAAUGACUGGAAGCAUGCGUACAUUGGUAUUAUUGGAGCAUUGGGUGGCAUUGCUGUGUUUUUGGAAGUCUUCACAUGGAUCAUAGUGUUGAAGAGGAGAAAGUCAGAGAACAAGUUGCCACACGGAGAAAAUGGUGUUAACGGGUACUAGGCCAUAGCAGGCGUAGGAUAUACGCAUGACGUGUAUGUAGCCAGAUAGAUAUUGGUUUCUUUUGUGAUUUCAUGCCUCUUACUUCUUCUAUCGGUGUGUUAUUAUGUUGUUGGACUCCUUUGUAUAACGUUAAGGGUGUUUGGGGAGUACUUCAGCUGCUUAGACUCUCAGUUUUGAGGUAAUUCUUUCAUAGGAAAGUUACAUACUUUCAGGUUCUUGUUUUAUUUAUAUUGUUACUGCAGGGUAUACGUUGUAUCGGUUUCUGUUACUUCAUAUUUGUAUUUAUGAUUAAUGAUUAAUUACUUCUUACCUUUGUCUUACU